AUGAGAGGAGAGAGGGGGAGCGUGUCUUUGUUUCGUCAUUUCUCUCUCUCGAAACCGAAUUGUCUCCAUUUCGUAUCGGAGCUCGGAGAAGGCGAUUCUCCUACUCUCGCCGACAUACCGGUGAUACUCCCUCUCUCCACACCUCCUAACGGAAUCCUCUGUCUCUGUGGCUCGUCCGAGAAGGCGAAUCUCCCUCUCUCGCCGUGGAUCUACUGGAAUCGGAAGAUGGCUGGAUCAAGUGUGCUUAAGCAAGGGUCAUUUUACAGAAGAAUACGCAGCAUCACAGGACGUGUUCCACUCUCUUCAUCGCAAGUGCCGUCCUUUGGAAGUCAAGCUGUGGAGCUUCCAGCAGAGCGUAAGGAAAGAAGGACGUGGACAGUCACAGAGGAUAUAGUGCUUAUUAGCAGCUGGCUCAACACGAGCAAAGACUCCGUUGUAGGGAAUGAGCAAAAGUCAGCAACGUUCUGGAAUAGAGUUGCAGCAUACUUCUCGGCGAGUCCAAAACUUGCUGGCUGUGAAAAACACGACGGGAAUCAAUGCAAGCAACGUUGGCACAAGCUAAAUGAAGCAGUUUGCAAGUUUUCUGGGGAGUAUGAGGCAGCCACAAGAGAGAAAACCAGUGGCAUGAAUGACAAUGACGUUCUAAAACUAGCCCACGAAAUCUACUUCAACAACCAACAAAAGAAGUUCAGCCUUGAACAUGCUUGGAACGAGCUUCGCAACGACCAGAAGAGGAAGUUCGCGGAUGGUUCACAUUCAGGAGCAUGCUCUCAAGUCAAUGAAUGCGAUGCUGGUGUAGAAGGAACAUCUCGUCCCCCUGGUGUUAAGGUUGCAAAAGCUCGUGGAAAGAAGCCGUAUGUUGCGGGGCAAGAUGUGUCUGAUUAUCAGCUCAUGUGGAGCAUCAAAAAGGAUGACUUGGCAAUGAAGCAACAUCUCUCCAAGAUGAGGGUACUUGAGAAGCCUCUUGCCAAGGAAAAUCUAGCUAAUUAUGAAGAAGAUCUCAAGAAAAAGCUCAUAAAUGAGUUAAUGUAA